AUGGAAUCGUGCUCCUCAGUAGACAAUUGGUCACCGUCGGAGCAGGAAUGUGAAAAUCAUUUCAAGCAAAAUACAACCCGUGACGAUCGCGGAAGAUAUGUUGUCAAGUUACCGAAAAGACUCGAAUUAAUUUCCCAGUUGCGGGACAAUAAGUAUAACGCUCAACGUCGUUUCCUUGCACUUGAGUGGAAAUUGGAAGCAAAUCUUGAACUCAAAACCAUGUAUCACGAGUUCAUUCAUGAAUAUAUAUCGAUGGGCCACAUGCGGGAAAUAUCGGCGGAAAAUGAUCAGUCGCCUCAAUAUUUUUUACCCCACCACGCGGUGUUACGCCCCGAAAGUUCGACGACGAAGCUUCGUACUGUUUUCGACGCGUCAUGCAAAUCGCAAUCCGGAAUGUCGCUCAACGAUGUGUUAUUGACCGGACCCACAAUACAACAAUCGCUCAUCGCUCUAGUAAUGCGAUUCCGCAUGCAUGCGUACGUGGUAACCGCCGAUAUCGCCAAAAUGUACCGCCAAAUAAUGGUACAUCCUACCGAUCAGCCACUACAGCGGAUUUAUUGGCGAGAUGAUAAAAACACAACGCUCAAAAUAUUCCAGUUACAGACGGUUACUUAUGGCACCAACAGUGCAUCGUUCCUCGCAACACGCGUGUUGAAGCAGUUAGCCGAGGAUGAGAAGGUUAAGUUCCCGCUCGCUGCACCUGUAAUCCGCAGUGAUUUUUACAUGGACGAUCUUCUUACUGGCUGCGAAGAUCUCAACAAGCUGAAAGAAACAUGCUCGCAACUCGUCUCCAUGUUAGACUCGGCUGGAUUUCAGCUACGUAAAUUUUCGUCAAACUCCCAGGAUGUCCUCAACAUGAUCCCAGAGCAUCUGAGGGAGUCAAAAACCAUUCUCGAGUUUGAAUCUGGUUCCUCAAUCAAAACCUUGGGAUUGCUGUGGGAACCAGCAUCAGACUUUAUCAGUUAUAAUGUUCCUGAUUGGUCACCUAUUGAAAGAUAUACAAAACGAAUUAUGUUGUCGCGGAUGUCGAGUCUAUUUGACCCGCUUGGAUUGUUGGGUCCUCUCGUUGUGACUGCAAAAAUCACAAUGCAGCUCGUAUGGAAGGAACAAAUUCCAUGGGACAGUACCUUGCCCCCUGUCAUUCGUCAAAUGUGGGAAGAAUAUCAAGUACAAGUAGCCCAAAUCAGAAACAUACUCAUUCCACGAUUUGUAUUGUCCCUCUGCAAAAAUAGUGCAUUGCAGAUGCACGGAUUCUGCGAUGCUUCCAUGCAGGCCUACGGAGCAUGCAUAUACGUACGAUCUAUUGCUCCUGACGAAUAUUGUACUGUUCGCCUGAUCGCCACCAAAUCUCGUGUCGCUCCCCUAGAAGUGAAGUCGAUCGCUCGACUAGAGCUGUGCGCAGCUCUUUUGCUUUCGCAGCUAACCAAUACCGUUUUGGAUAGCAUUGGUCGCGUCCAAGAGAUAUUUCUGUGGACCGACUCUACUAUAGUCUUACACUGGCUAGCGGCGACACCGUCAACUUGGCAGACCUUUGUCGCGAACAGAGUCGCCGAAAUACAACGACUUACACCCAAUGUAGUUUGGAGACACGUUCCCAGUUUGGAAAAUCCCGCCGAUCUGCUUUCGAGAGGGAUGAUCUCAAAGGAUCUAAUGGACAGCUCGUUGUGGUGGAAUGGGCCGGAAUGGUUAGCUACAACCAACCACCCUUGGCCUGAUAACAUUCGUCCUUCCCAGCAAGUUGAAGAUCAAUUUUUGGAAUCUCGCAAAAUAUCACUCCAUUCAUCGUGUUCACCGUCUGAGUUAAUUGAACAAUAUUCCUCAUUGACAAAAUUACUCCGCAUAGCAUCUCUCUGUCGUCGUUUUGCACACAACAGUGGUUCUGGCAAUGUACGUCGUCUGGGUCCACUCACGAAGCUAGAAAUAAGACAAACCUUGUUGUCACUGAUACGACUAGUCCAGAAACAGCAUUUUCCUGCAGAAAUAAGCGCUCUCGCUGCGGGAAGAUCUGUAUCUCGUUCAUCGCGUCUACGUUACCUCCACCCCAUGCUACAGAAUGGCCUCAUUCAAGUUGGUGGCCGGUUACAUUUUGCCAAGAUUUCGCCUGACAGGAAGUUUCCUUUCGUGUUACCGGAUAAAAAUCCGUUAACUUCUUUAAUUGCAGACACAAUACACCAACAAACGCUGCACGGAGGAUCACAACUGCUCCUGUCGACCAUUCGUCACGAAUUUUGGCCGUUAGGAGGUCGAAAUCUGGCCAGAAAGACCGUCCACAAUUGCGUGACAUGUGCAAAGGCAAAGCCUCGAACCAUUGAGCAACUUAUGGGUCAACUCCCACCGGAAAGAGUUUCACCAGCAUAUCCAUUCCAGUUUGUAGGAAUAGAUUUCGCCGGACCCAUUUACCUACGACCAAACACACGGAAAGGAGCACCUAUUAAGGCUUACGUAGCGGUGUUUGUUUGCCUGGUGGUGAAGGCAUCACAUCUCGAACUAGUAACCGACUUAACUUCAGCUGCUUUCAUCGCCGCACUUCGCCGGUUCAUAGCCCGACGCGGGGUGCCAACUACCGUGUACUGUGAUAACGCCACUAAUUUCACAGCAGCGCAACGUGAGCUAAAAGAGCUACGCCAACAGUUUCUUUCACAGAAACACAAAGAAGCAGUACACAACGAAGCCAGCACACUCAAGAUCGAGUUUCACUUCAUCCCGCCACAUGCCCCAACGUUCGGUGGCCUGUGGGAGGCGUGCGUGAAGUCUUUCAAACACCACCUCCGCAGAAUAGUGGGGAAUAGUCUACUCUCAGCUGAAGCCGUUUCCACAGUGUUGGCUCAAAUCGAAGGCGUUUUAAACUCUCGGCCAAUAACUCCCCUCUCGUCUGACCCAAGCGAUCUACAGGCCUUAACGCCAGGUCAUUUUUUGAUUGGCCGUCCGAUUCUGACAUUACCAGAACCUGACCUCUCGGAGAUACCGACGUCUCGGCUUGAUAUGUGGCAGAAGAUGCAGCUUUUAACUCCGCACUUUUGGAGACGUUGGCAGGACGAAUACUUGUCCACGUUGCAGACUCGCUACAGGUGGACAACAGUCAACCAAAACCUCCUCAUUGGAUCAAUCGUGCUUAUACGGGAUGAUAAUCAACCAAUAGGGAAAUGGUCCAUGGGGAGGGUUACGGAUGUUCACCCAGGAGAGGAUGGACUCGUACGAGUUGCCACCAUCAGGAUACCCAAUGGGAAAUUGAUAAAGCGCCCAAUAACCAAAAUUUGUCGACUACCAGUGGAAGUGGAUGCAGUCACCGUAGCCGAGCGUCCACAAACAACGACUGAAUCUCCAGUACAAACCGUAUAA